AUGGCCUCUACUGAACCUUUUGACGUCAAUUUUUGUCUGCCCGUUCGAGAGCUAGAGUCCGACAAAGUCAAGUUGACGCCUUUCAUACCAUCAAUACACUCCGAGCUCGUUGUGAAUAGCACGAUUGAUUACCCGGAUGUCUGGAAAUAUCUUCCAUCAGGGCCAUUCAACUCUGUGGAGGCGUUCACAGAGUAUUUCAUGCUUCUCAUAGCGCGCGAUCCCAAAUGGAUGCUCUAUGCGGUAUAUGACAAAGGAUCGUCGUCAAAUGCCGAAGGAGGCGCUGCUGAAACGUUUGCUGGGACCAUCGGCUUUCUGGCGACGUACCCCGACAGACUCAGUACCGAGAUAGGUUUGGUCAUCACGCUUCCGCGAUUCCAGCGCACCCACGUUACCACCCAUGCCACUGGGCUCCUCCUCCAAUACGCCCUUGAGCUCUCGCCCCAAGGACUGGGCUUACGCCGUGUCCAGUGGAAAGCGAACGCGAACAACGCGGCUUCAAUACGCGCCGCUCAGAGACUCGGAUUCAAGCUGGAAGGAGUGCGUAGGUGGCAGAUGGCCCUUGCUCCUCACAAAAAGGGGGCGGGGAACAACAAGGUGCUUAGAGACGGCGAUCCGCGCCCGGGGUACGAUGGCAGAGACACAGCGAUGUUAUCACUAUGCUGGGAUGACUGGGAGCAAGGUGGUCGUGAGCACGUACAGUGGCUUAUGUCCCGCUGA